AAUUUUAACCUCUAAAUCGAGAAUACAACAGGUAAUGUUGUAAUAGCGUGAUCUAUGAAUGUGAUUAGAUGAGUACAUUUGUUUACAUUUGUUAUUAAAUAUACUGAUUGUAAAAAGCACGGAUGUAAUUUUGUACUAACUUCUAGCUUACAAGAAACAUGGACUCGAGUUCAAAAUCAAAAAUUGAUCAGGCUUGUCGUACAGCAGAAGAAUUUACAAAAUUAUACUAUGAAAGUAUAGAUAAACGGCGUCAUUUGAUGUCUAAGUUGUAUUUGGACACCGGACUUUUAGUGUGGAAUGGCAAUGGUGUAGCAGGUAAUGAAAGAAUUCAGAAAUUUUUUAUGGAACUUCCUCCUACUGAUCACACUGUAAUUACAUUAGAUGCCCAAGUCAUACCCGAAUCUGCUGUAAGUGGGCAACUGACGUUUUUAAUUCAAGUUAGUGGAACUGUAAAGUAUCAAGAUAAACUACCCAAAAAUUUUCAACAAAAUUUCAUGAUAACAGCCCAAGGAGAUAAAUGGAAGAUUGUAACUGAUUGUAUAAGAUUACAAGAACCAUUGGGUGCGAAUGAAAAAAGUUGACAGGAUGAUAUGUAAUUGCGUCUUAGUUUAUCUUAUUUUAAGGUAAAUUUCACUGUGGGUGAAAUGAAAUCAUGUAGAAUAAGCAUAAAUUGCAUACACAAGCUUUUAUAAAUUAUAGUAUUUAGACAGACUUCCAGAAUUUAAACAUUUAAAGUUAGUCUUUAAAAAUUUAAUAGAUUCGUUAAAACUAUUAUUUGAAAGUUAUUUUCAUUAUACUCGUCAGUUUAAAAGAAUUUAUUUUUCAUUAUUCAAUUAAAAUUUGAGAGUUAGUCUUAAGAAAUUGAACAUAUUUGUAUUCAAAACACAAUAGUAGAGUUGCACUUGUUUGUACAUCAUACAACUACAGAACUAAUGAUGCUCUUUCAUACAUUAGAAGCUUGAUUGUUUUAUCCAUUUGGGGUUAUUAUAUUGCCCAUGGUGCUACCAGUUGUCUAGAAAUUAUCAUAAGCCUAAGCUUUGAAGUUUGUGUUUUUAAGUUAUUGCCAUCGUUUCUACCUAGCUAUAAUUCACUCGUAAAUAUAGAUUCAAUUUUUUAAGAUUAAUAAUUAUUAUCUGUACGUAAAAC